AUGAACGGUCUCCUCACCGAAGGCGUUCACAUCGCCGACACGGGCCGCGUCCGGUGCCUUCGUCUUCAGCGCUGUCUGGCCACGAGACCAUACACUCUGCGUCUGCCUCCUAUCAUUCUGGCCUGCGUUCCAAAAGAGCUGGUCAUCGCCAUCGUCCCCAAGGCCUCCAGGGUCUCAACCAAGGGAGACACGGACUUUACACACACCGUUCGCUCAUCACGCUUCGUGGACACCGGGAUUAUCAAAGCAUCCACUCAAACUCGCCAAUGUGACAUAUGUUCAUAUCGGUCUGCCAUGAAACCGGGAUACCCCCGAGUCGCAAGGGCAGGGACUGUGGGCUCCUCACCCGGCGUGCUCUCUUUGCGACAGGGGAGGAUUGGUUAUCGUCCAGAAUUGAACAACUCUUACUCCUCCCACGCGCGCUUCCCUUCACCUGCGGUCUCCCUGGGGAACGUGACGACUUCACAGAGACAUCCUCCUUAUAGGACGACUACACCCAUGUCUCUGUCCUUACAAAAUGUUCGAGGAGUUUGGAAUAAUAGCCAGAGCUCACAGAGAGGUCUCCCAAAGUCUCCAACUGAGUCUACAGGCCCACAUUACUAUGAUUAUUCCGAAUCCUUUGUGGAAGAAGAAGACUGUUUCUCGCCUGUCGCUGAAGAUCCAGUGGCCAGGCCCCCUUUCACAAUGGACCAGACAAUCCUCGGUCCAGAACACCGGCAUGCUCAGUCUCCUUUCGGCACUUUACCUGGCUCAAUAUUCAAGCCUGCAGAACUCCCUACGAAGCAUAAUCGACGAGCAAGCGAGCAAUCCAAGUAUAGUUAUGUUGGAGUGAUUCCACCACGGAAGUCGAGUCUCGGAGCCACCGCCGCUCCGAUGAGAAACGGAAGUCUUGCUCAGAGAUCUAUUCAACGAUCCGCCACCACCGAGCCCAUCGUUCUGGCGAGAAGUUCUAAGGAAGAGAACUAUGAUCCUAGAACCUCUACUGCCUCACGACGCACGGUUGCUUCAACCCAUGCAAGUGCCUUCUUCAGCAAUGCGUGCCGAAGUCCUCGUGACCUUACAACGCUUGCUGCCCGAGUUCACUCACCUGGGUGUGACGAUAAAAUAUCUGCCCGUCCUCUACCCAACACGUUGCAAGGAUACAAGUCCGAAUUUGGUCGCCAAAAAGGACCAGCCGGGCAGCAUAUCCAAGCAUUUUCUGAAUGGGGGUUGGCAUCUCUCGAAUUUCGGCCGCUCUCGCUUGAAGGUCAGGCUUCUGAGGUGCGGGAACGACCUAAAACAUCUGGUGACGCUCAAACGAAAUCGGCAACGGACAUUUUGUCACCAGUCCCUGAACGCCCAAUGUCAUCUCAAAGUAGGAAGCGAUUUAGCCGCAUAUUCGAUAUUGGGGAGUCAUUUGUCGCGGAGGAAAUCAAGUCGAUAUCCAAGAUCAAGACUUUCGCCAGGCUCAGUGCUGUAAAUGAGCAGCCUGACCUUCAGAGCCUCGAGGCUGCAUCGGCCAUUCCCACAGACUCUGAACGCAACAGCCAAUCCACUAUCGACGGACCAAGUGAACAGCAUCAAGAUUGUGCCUAUAGUUCCGAUCUCAAGGUCACUGGCAAUGCUACUAAUAUCACAAUCCAUGACAAAUCAACAGUAGAAUCGCUUUUAGACCACCAUAUCGAGUGCCUGGGGCUGGGGAAAGAGCCGGAUAGCCCAUUGACAUCAGGCGACGAGAGGGAACCUUUCGACGUCGUCGGAGCUGGCAAAGCGAGCAGCGAGCUGAAAACGCCAACAAUCCUCUCCCCGGUCACAUCAAAUCCAUCUUUGAGACCAACAACGUCCAGCUCUUGCCAACUUUCAACAAGUCUUACCCGCUCCGAGAGACGAAGACUGAUGCCUCGACGACUUUUUGCCAGUAUGGAUUUAACCAUGACUCCCAAGCCUAUACUUCCACCGACUACGCAGACCUUUGAUAGAGAGCUUCCUUCUGAUACCAGUUCCAGGCCGUUGACCAGAGAACUCUCCUUUGGCUGGCAGACUCUUCCUUCGUCCAGCGAAAUUGGCCCUCCCAAGUCACCUGCCAAGAUCUCACUGACUUCUGGAGACCUUGCAGACGUUGACUCGGACCCUCCCGUGAACAAGUUCAAGAUCAGAAGGAUCUCUGACAUGACAACCAGUACGACGGAGUCGACGAACCACAUGCACGAUCUCAGCAUUAGUUUGAGUCCACCCAGGCCAUCGCCAAACAGUCGAAGACGAAAGAGUGACCUCGUCUCAAAGCAAGACUGUCAUCGUCGUCGCCGCGCUCGGAUCUUACUUAAAGUCAAGAGGAAAUCAUCCUCUCUUGACUUAGCGCCAACUGGUGGCCAAAAGUCACAGCAACCAAUCGAUGCUGUACCAGACGAUGAAUGGGAAACUACUGAGUCACCUGAGGACGUCAGCAUGAAGUCUCCAGUGGCUGGAUAUGCCGAAUUGAGUGGCGAGUCGGUGAUUGCUCAACCGCCCACUACCACAACAAGUGCAAGUGUUGUGCUCUCCUCUUCGGCUCCCAAAAGAUGGAGCACUAUGCUUGCUGCCAUGCCGGAGCCUGUGAAGAAGAGCAUUGACAUCGUGAGGAAGGCUUCAGUCCGAAGCGUGCGUACUCAUCGGAGCAACACAAGCAUCACGAAUCCACUGAACAGUACGCGUAUGAGCUCGCAGCUGCCACGGUCGGGUUCGGUUCCUCAGUUGGCACCUCCUGAAUUUGGGCCUCCGCUGACCUCUUCCAAUCUUGAUCUAACACUCCGACUGCCUGACACAUUGCCAAUCAGUCGGCCACCACUGCGGCAAGCUCAGAGCUUUUUCUCUGAUAACAGCUCUGCGCGGCAAUCGAAUCAUGUCAUGAGAAAACGGUUCGACCUGCAUAGCUUACGCAGUGGUUUGACGAGAUCUUCCGGAGUAUUGGGUACUCGAGGUAGCACAGCUCGCCACACUGAAGUUAAAUUCGGUCCACAGGUACAUUUCAACAAUCGGAAGUCGUUUGAUAAUUCUCAAUCGUUGCUUUGCGAUACUGUUCCCAUGACUGACUUUGCGUUCAAGAAGCGGAAAGUCUUGGAUCGAUUCAAAGAUUGGUUGAAGAGGCACGCUUGCAAGAAACGCGCACAUCGGUAA